AUGAGUAAAAGGUUUGCCCAAGGAGUGGCCCAGUUCAAGCAGUUUUUCAAUAAACUCAGAGACAGUGACAAUGUCAAAUCUCUGAAGAAAGAGCUUCAUGGUUAUGACUUCCGAAGUAUCAACGGCUCCUUAAGUGAAAAGUUGAACACAAUGUACACAGACCUCAACUCAAGCAUAAGCAUUACCAGUAGGAUAGUUAAUGAGAUAACGGGAUACAAUCGGAUCGAAACAUUGAAAAAGGAAAUUCUAGCCAACGAGAUCAAGUUGAACGAGUUGAAGAGCAACAUCACUGAAGCCAAAACUCGAUACCAAGAUGCCAUCAAUAAUAGAAACAAUAGCCAAGUAGAAAUCAAUAAGUUGCUUCAACGUAAGAAUGACUGGAACCUUCAAGAACUGGAGCAGUUCACAAAUCUGUACAAGAAUGAUCAUAACCUUCAGACCAAAGAAAAUGAGACAAAACUAAAACUACAAGAGCUGGAAUCGAAAGAAGAUGAGUAUCACAAUAAUCUCAUCAACUCCAUAUUGAAUAGAUACCAUGAAGAGCAGAUAUGGUCGGAUAAGAUACGAAAGCUUUCCACCUGGGGUACAGUUACCAUUAUGGCCGUGAACCUUCUAAUGUUGGUGAUUGUACAAUUGCUUUUAGAGCCCUGGAAACGGCGGAGAAUGUUACAAAAAUUCAGUGACAGUGUCAAUGAGCAACUGGCUACGUUGAAGGAAGAAGUUAUUGGGAAUAAAGAUACGUUACAGACUGACCACAGUUUGCCAGCAGAAAUACUAGACGAAGGUAAUCUAGAAACCCGGGUUUUGGCUGACACAGAGCCAGAAGCGGAGCUUGACCAAUUUGUUGAAAUCUCAUCCGAAUCUGAGGAAACACCCACUUUCAGAUCGAAGCUGAUUCAAUUAAAGGAAAUUGUGCUCCUCAAAGCUAGAACGAUUAUAAACUAUCUUUUUGGAACUAAAUUUGACUGGGGAUCUCCCCAGACGUCCGCACUAAACAUUUGGGAUCCAAGCAUAGCAGUAUACUGUCUAUCGGGAGUAAUUGUUGGAAUGUUGAUAGCUUGA